UGAUGAAAUGAGCAAUAUACAGAUAUGUAGGAAUAAAUAUUCAUUUAAAAUUUUGAUCUAUGAGAAAAUGUGUUGAUUUAAAAAUAUAAUUCGAUUUACCAAUUAUAUAAAAUUACCACGGCUGACUUCAUGUUAUUGGAUAUCAACGCAAUGGCCAUCAGCUGAUAGAUGUCAAGGGGUGUGGUUGUGAAUAAAAGAAUUAUGUUUUUAGUUUGUCUAUUAAUAUACUUAGUGUUGAGAAUUCAUUAAAAAAUUACUUACAGAUGGAUUUUAAAAAUUAGAUUAUUGAUGUAAUCCCGCCAUGUUAUACGUAAUAGUAACGGCCCGUAGUCUAUUAUGGGUACUUACUAGUCUUUUUUCUACGCUCCUAAUGCUCAGUGCCUUUCUAAGCCCUUCAUGGCUUCUAUCGGCACCCGAAACUGUUUAUUUUGGUAACGAAACUGUCACUUAUAGACCGAGCGUAGGUGUUUAUGCUAAAUGUAGUAAACCCAUCGGAUUUGAGCAUCCCGUGUGUACACUUUUAGCACUUAGAGGAUUAGCUACAGAAUCUUUUAUAUACCCCACACCAUGGAAAGCCGCUACGGUAUUUCUAGCGUUAGGCUUAUCAAUUAUGUCUCUUACUGUAUGUACUGGUCUACUGAGUUGCUGUUUUCAAAGUAUAUUCAAGAAAAGUAUAUUCAACGUAUCUGGAGCGGCACAAGCAAUUGCAGGAAUUUGUUAUAUAAUUGGAGUUAUGUUACACCCUAUGGCUUGGGGUAGCGAAAGAGUACAAAAACUUUGCGGUAGAGAAACAUCCGCAUUUUAUCCCGAUAAAUGCAGUAUAGGAAUAGGACUUUGGUUAGCUAUAAUAGCGACAGUACUAACUUUCGUUUGUUCGUGUUUAUCUCUACCAGCUGAAAAAUCUACCAGCAGUGAUAAAGUCCAAGAUAAAAUUUACGAAGGGCAGACUUUGAUAUGUUUGACAUAAAUAUAAAGAACCAAAUGUUGCCGAAUACGAACCUGCACCAGAAGAAAUUAUUUUGAAUACUCUAUCAUUAGAUAAAAAUAUAUCGAAACUUUAUUUUUUUUUCUUCACGUUGAAUGAAAACUAAAAGUUACUGAAUACGAAUCUGUUCUAAAAGAAAUUAUUUCUAAUAAUUUUCUCAUUUAUUAUUUUAUUUGUUUUUUUUUUCUAUAUUUAAUACGUUUAAUGAGAACCAAAUGUUGCCGAAUACGGAACUGCACCAGAAGAAAUUAUUUUGAAUACUCUAUCAUUAUAUAAAAAUAUAUCGAAAGUUUAUUUUUUGUUUCGUCACGUUGAAUGAAAACCGAAAGUUACUGAAUACGGAUCUGUUGUAAAAGAAAUUAUUUCUAAUAAUUUUCUCAUUUAUUAUUUUAUUUGUUUUUUUUUCUGUUUAAUACGUUUAAUAAGAACCAAAUGUUGUUGACUACGGACCUGUACCAGUUGAAAUUAUUUCGAAUACUGAUCUAUUAGAAGAAAUGAUUUUUUAUAUUUUAUUUUCUGCUGAAAGGUGAGAAAUGAGUGCCUUUAUAGUAAACAUAUCUUGAAAAUUGUCAACUUAUUACACCACAAAUGUUCAAUAUUUCAUUUUCAUUAAUUUAAUGAAUUUACGAGAUUUUUUUAUUUAUAUUAUUUCGGCAAUACACAGUUACCGAGACGAUUCAAGUACGAGACAAUCAUUGAAUCGACAUUAAAGUAUCAAGUUUACAAACUACGUCAGAACUACUAGAUUUAUGGUGUGAAACGUGCGCAGAGUACACCAUAGAGAAAUGAUUGGUGUACAGAAUUGUUAGGCGCUACUACUAUGGUGUAGCUUCCUUCGAUUCAAACCACAGACCUAAUAACAGUGUGUUAUUCGAACACACAAGCGUCUAAAUGUCAUAUCCCACCAAUCAAAAAUACGUCCAAUUAUUACUAAAAA